CGAAAAAGAAGUAGCAAAGAAAGCAAAAGAGAUAUAUUUACAAUGGGGUUUGCACAAUAAAGAAACGAUUUCAGAAAAGAUUGAGUCAUUAAUACGGAAAUACAAGGCAGAAGACAAAGGAAGUCCAGAAUGGAUAACAUUUAUAGAAGAACAUUUUAAGACAGCAGAAAUGUACGAAGCUGGGAUGACUGAAGAGCGUGCUAAGAAGAUUUUAAAUGCAAUGAAUAAUGAUAGGUUUCUUAUAAGAGUAAAAUUUGUUAGAGACGAUUCUUCCUAUGGUGAAAGACAUAACUAUGCAUUUAAAAUUAUUGAUAAAUACCAGCCCAUUCGAGAAUCAAAGAGGGCCGGUAAGAAAUUCGUUCUAGGAGGUCCAAAUGUUAUUCUUACAAAGAAAACCAAACCAGGCUUCUGGGUAGGAAUUGACGAGAAAUUUUUAGUUAAGAUUAUUCAAGAUAGUAAACGAUUAAUGCCUAUAAAAGAUGGCACACUUAAUUGUGUCACCCAACGAGUAAUAGAGCAUUUUGAAAAAGCAAAAAGAGG